GCGCCUGCUUAGAACCUCACCAGCUAAUCACCUACCUCUGUGAGUCUCCAAUAUAUCCUCAGUGAUCAGUGAGUGAGACUGAUAGAGAGAUCAAUUUGGGAUCCGAUCGACUAUGGAACCUUUUGGCCACCACAGUCACACCCACCACCACCACCGGAGAAAUGAUGAUGAUGAGAAUGAACCCAGAAACUACUACCCUCCACCACCAGCACCAUAUCAACAAAGCCCUGAUUUUGAACCGCCGAGACAUGUGGGUCAUGUCCACCACGAUUCAUUCGGUUACGGUGGACCACCGCCACCACCAACCACACACGUGGCGCAUGUGAGCCACGAGUCAUAUGGUUACGAAGCGCCACCACCACCCAGACACGUGGCACAUGUGAACCACGAUUCAUAUGGUUACGAAGCACCACCACCCCCAACGGCCGUUUAUGGUGGCGCACCCUCCGAUCCUUUCUAUAAUGCUUCUCCUGAUUUUGGACGCGUGCCGCCGCGAACUGAAGCCCAUCACUCUGAUGGCCCUCUCGCCGAGCUGUCUGGGAAACCUACUUUUAAGGUGUAUUGCAAGUCUGACCCCAAUUACUUUCUCACCAUCAGGGACGGAAAGGUCAUUCUUGCCCUCUCUGAUCCAUCCGAUGAAUACCAGCAUUGGUACAAAGAUGAGAAGUACAGCACAAGGGUGAAGGAUGAAGAAGGCUCCCCUGCCUUUGCUCUGGUUAAUAAAGCCACUGGUCAGGCCGUGAAACACUCAAUUGGGGAAUCUCAUCCUGUGCAGCUGAUUCCUUACAAUCCAAAAGUUUUGGAUGAGUCUAUAUUGUGGACAGAAAGCAAGGACUUUGGUGAAGGUUACAGAGCUGUGAGGAUGGUCAAUAAUGUGCACCUGAAUGUGGAUGCUUUUCAUGGGGAUAAAUAUUCCGGAGGCGUCCACAAUGGCACUACUAUUGUGCUCUGGAAGUGGAAAAAAGGAGAGAACCAACUCUGGAAAAUCACCCGCUAUUGAGACGAUGUAUAAUAAGCUUGUGAUGGCAUUGCCGUUUCGAGAAGCUGUAUCGUGUGCUUGUGCUUGAGGAUAUAUAUGCUAUAUGACUUUCAGAGGAUUGUGUCAUUCUCUUUGUGUGCAUUAUUUCCGGUUCCUUAUCAGUAAACGUUUGUAUGGUUACUAUAAUAAAGCUGCUACUACUCUCUUUGCCUUAUGACUUGGUAUAAUAAACAUAAUGGUAUUAUUUGGCCUGAAUGAUCUAUUUCUGUGACGGUAUGCGAUGGCAUUCCUAGAAUUUGCA